AUGUCCCUUACAACUCCACAAUUGAUUCAAAAGCUACCUCCAUCCUGGUGGGGUUUGUUUGGUGCUAUGAGGCUGGACUAUCACCAUGGUGACGCUACAGAGAUUUGGUACCAGACAGAAGCAAAAUCUGAAUAUGGUUGUCGACCAGAUUGGGAUGAAGUUUUAGCUAGUCUGGUUGUGAAGGAGCCAGUUUGUGAUGGAGCCAACCUAAUCUUUAAGUCUAGAUUUGUACAGCUACCAAGUGACAUACAGCGCCAUUUUCUUCGAUUUCUUUUACGACAUCGAGAUGAGAUACCAGCAGAUGGUUUAUCAGAAUUUGUUGAAGAUGCCCAGUCUUACUUUGGGGCUUCGGAGUCAUGGCAAGGUGUUUUACUCAAGACAUUGGCUACUUACAAUAAGGUAAAAAAACAGGAGAGCUCUAACCAACUGUGUGAAAUCCACUAUACAUUUACCAGCGGGAAUCAAAACCUGGCUUCAUUGUUAUGUGAGAGGCUGAGAAAGUCAAGUGAAUCCUGUUCAUGGAAGAAGAUCCCAUUGACCGAGUUAGCAGAAAGAAGACACCAGAAAAUGGAAACAUAUGAUGACAACCUUCAGGUAGAUACUGCCCAUUUCCCUAGAGAAGAAGCUAAUCCUGCGUCUAUGUAUCAGCACGGUACGCCGUGUAUAAAUGAUGCAUUGUCUGCUGAUGUGAUCACCAUUGUCAGUGAUGGUGAGGAGGACACCUCUGAAGAGUUGAUGGAUGUCACUGGUGCUACACUUAUCAGAGACGGGAUUGUAAAAGAAGAACUAGCAUUAAACAAUGAUGUUGAUCCUGUGCUGCUGGGUAAAGGUGAGAAGCUGAGGGAAAGCUGGCAAAGUGGAUCUGAGACACCACCUGAAAUUGACCUUUUCCUUGUAGCCACAGCUGAUCAGAUAAAAGCUGUGUCGCUGGAAUUGAAGUUUGAUUCCUUAACUGAUAACGAGGUUUUGGCAGCAUGCCAAAGUUUAACUACUCUGGCUAGUGUUCUCAGUGAAGCUGCAAGCAUCCAAUUCAUGACCAGUGUUGUGUAUCCCAAGAUUGCAGAAUUAAAUCAUAGUGCAUCUCGUCAACUUCUAGGAGUUAUCUCCCUUGCUGCAGAACACUUUCCCAAGGGUUUGGUUGAGGGAAUAUUUGUGAAGUGUUUAGAGCAAGGCCUAGGGUCAGCCCAGACUGAUAUAUUUUGUAAAGUCAUCAAGACAGGUCUUCAAGCUGCAGCACAAAUACAGAUGAUACAGAAGAUGGCUGAAUGUACCAAAUGUCUAGACGAUAAUAUUGUCUGCAUUUAUCAAACUCUCAUUGAUACCAAGAUGGAGCUCUCUGAGAAUAUUCUGACAGAUGUUUUGAACACAUUACACUGCAGUUCUAGUGGUCUAGAAAAGAAUCUCAAGUAUGGCAAACUAUUGUUAGCCAUUAUCAAUAAACACGGGCAAAAGUUCACCAGUGGAAAUCUCAAUGUCAUGGAGGAAGAAGUACAGAAGAACGGAACAUUCCUGAGAAAGGCUUUAAGUGCCGCACUAAACAAACUAAAGAAGUGA